AUGUCAUUGCUAGAGGACAGCGGAAAUAAGAUUCUUCGAUUAUGUUUAAACCAAACCAACGUGAUUUCCUAUAUAGUCAUUGCUCUUUGUGGGGACUUCUAAAGGCUUUAGAAUCGUCAAAGUUGAUGAUGCCUCGAUAUCAUCAAUACAUGAGAUUUCUACUAAUCAACAAUUUAUAGGCGGAUUUUCUCUAAUCGCUCCUAUGUUUUCAACUCAGCUUUUAUGCUUGGUUGGAAGCUCUCUCAAUGCAAAUUAUCCACCGAAUUACCUAUAUUUUUGAGACGAGUAUAACAAUAAGGCUAAAGGCGAUAUAAGAUUUCGAACACCUGUCAAAAAUGUGCUCAUAAGACGAGAUAUGGUAGUUAUCGUCCUGGAAAAGUUGGUAGGAAAUAUAUAGACAUACGUUUACAUGCUAAAUACUUUGAAACCUGUGGCAUCGAUCCCUACUCUUGAUAACGAGUUUGGAGUAGGCGCAAUUUCUUAUGAUAAAGACAAUUUUAUUUUAGCUACUUUAAAUACAAGGGUAGGGACGAUUAGAGUUGAAAAUUUUUAUCAGGGAGAAGUCAAUGAAAAAUUAAUGUAUGAUAGCCCAAUAGGGUUUAUUAUGGUCGACUUCUUUGGAAAUUUGGGGGCUUGCUCAGUUGCGAAUGGGACCAUAAUUCGAGUUUUUGACUGCAAAACGUUAGAUAUCUUUCAUAAUUUUGUAAGGGGAAGCUCGUCUGCUUUGAUAUCAAGCAUGGCUUUUAGUCCUAGUGGGGCAUAUUUGUUAGCUGCCAGCAACAAAUCUACAAUACACCUAUGAAAUUUAAAGGCCACAGAGUCUUUGUCAGUCUCAAAAAUAAUGAGCCGGUUUUCUUCUUAUUUUGAUUACGAAAGAAGUGUAGCCAAAAUCCAAAUAAUACCUGAGCUUUUGCUGGCAUGUGAACAGUCGACUUCAACUGGCCCAGCAAUAUGCUGAAGAGGAGAAAAUGAAUUUUAUGUAGCCCAUUUGGAUGGGAAAUUGUAUUUGUGUAAAUUUGACGAAGUCCAAAAUUUGAUUACGAUUGAGAGGAAUAAUUAUUUUAUGCAAUCAUUUGAAGAGAUCUCAGACGAUACGGAAUGGGUAACGUUAGAUUAA